GCAGGGGCCGCUCUCCGGUGGCGUCUCCCAUUAGCAGCUGUUACGGGCUGUCAUGAGAGGCUUCGGGCCAGGGUUCAGGGCUCGGCGCCUGCUCCCACUGCGGUACCCGCCGCGGCCUCCGAGGCCUCGGGGGACUAGGCUGUGCAGCGGGCUCACGGCUAGCGCCAUGGACGAGCUGCUGCGGCGAGCCGUGCCACCCACGCCGGCCUAUGAGCUGCGCGAGAAGACGCCGGCGCCCGCCGAGGGCCAGUGCGCCGACUUCGUGAGCUUUUACGGCGGCCUGGCCGAGGCGUCCCAGCGCGCCGAGCUGCUCGGUCGCCUGGCUCAGGGCUUCGGUGUGGACCACGGCCAGGUGGCCGAGCAGAGCGCCGGAGUGCUGCAGCUGCGCCAGCAGUCGCGCGAGGCGGCCGUGCUGCUGCAGGCGGAGGACCGGCUACGCUACGCGCUCGUGCCGCGAUACCGUGGCCUCUUCCACCAUAUCAGCAAGCUGGACGGCGGCGUGCGCUUCCUGGUGCAGCUGCGGGCCGAUCUGCUGGAGGCGCAGUCCCUCAAGCUGGUGGAGGGGCCGCACGUCCGGGAAAUGAAUGGAGUGCUAAAGAGCAUGUUGUCCGAAUGGUUCUCCUCCGGCUUCCUGAACCUGGAGCGGGUCACCUGGCACUCGCCCUGUGAGGUACUUCAGAAGAUCAGCGAGUGUGAGGCUGUGCACCCUGUGAAAAACUGGAUGGACAUGAAGCGGCGUGUGGGGCCAUAUCGGAGAUGUUACUUCUUCUCCCACUGCUCCACCCCUGGGGAGCCUCUCAUAGUUCUGCAUGUGGCUCUGACUGGUGACAUUUCCAACAACAUCCAGAGCAUUGUGAAGGAGUGCCCUCCAUCUGAAACAGAGGAGAGGAACAGGAUUGCUGCUGCCAUCUUCUACUCCAUCAGCCUGACCCAGCAGGGCCUGCAGGGGGUGGAGCUUGGGACGUUCCUCAUAAAGCGAGUAGUCAAGGAGCUGCAGAAGGAAUUUCCUCAUCUGGGGGCCUUUUCAAGCCUGUCACCUAUACCUGGAUUCACCAAGUGGCUGCUGGGCCUUCUGAAUGUGCAGGGAAAGGAGCAUGGGAGGAACGAACUAUUCACAGACUCAGAGUGUAAAGAAAUCUCGGCAGUCACGGGUGACCCUGUUCAUGAGAGCCUCAAGGGGUUCCUGAGCAGUGGUGAGUGGGUGAAGUCAGAGAAGCUGACGCAGGCGCUGCAGGGGCCACUGAUGAGGCUGUGUGCCUGGUACCUGUAUGGUGAGAAGCACCGGGGCUAUGCCCUCAACCCAGUGGCCAACUUCCAUCUGCAGAACGGGGCUGUGAUGUGGCGUAUCAACUGGAUGGCUGACAGCAGCCUCAAAGGCCUCACCGGCUCCUGCGGCCUCAUGGUCAACUACCGCUACUACCUGGAGGAGACAGCCCCCAACAGCAUCUCCUACCUGGGCUCCAAGAACAUCAAAGCUUCUGAGCAGAUCCUCAGCCUCGUAGCCCAGUUCCAGAAUAGCAGUAAACUCUAGGACAUCUUCCCAAAGCUUGGGCCCUUCUCACAGAGGAGGCUGUGUUCCGACAGCAGGUUUACUCCAGGAGCCUUUUCAGGGAAGCCACAGCUGUGCUGUGUCCUCUGACCUCAGCAGGCACUCAGGCGGCCACACCUCAGCUAUCACUGUGCUGGCCCACUCACUGUUUGGAGGUGGUGGUGGAAUGAGUACUCGUGCCUUGGGGAUAUCACUGUGCUUCUCCAGAAGCCCUUGCUGCUGCCCCACAGCCUGUGCCUUCAGAAAGCUCUACAGACGCAACCACAGGCCACCCAGGACAGAACCCAGAGCACAGACCUUUUGGAGUAUGAAGAGCUGACAGUCAUGUUCUAUUUGGGAGAGGACUAAAGUCUGUGCUGUGGCUGCUACUGCAGCUUAAAGAUCAGACUAGGGAGAGUUUGUGACAUGCACAGGGUGUGUUCGGCACCCCAGGGAUGCUGCUGCUGCUUGAGGCCAGUGUUGGCUUAUAGGGUUUAAAUGAGAUCCCAGUUCAUAAUGAACAGAAUGGUAAAGAACAAAUUUGUUCUGUAAACAUUAAACACGAUUAUUCACUGUA